AUGUCACAAAGGCACAUUGCCGGUAGGGCGGUAGGGCGGAGGCGAUCAGGGAAGCCACCGCAGGCAGCAGGCCAGUUCCAGUCCCCCGCUCAACAUCGCGAGAGGUCGAGAGGAGCAAUGGCGGCAAAGAAACGUUUCCCGGGCAGCCGCCAAGCCGAGCCUCAGAGCCAGGGAUGUCGGCGAUGCCAACGUUCCAUCCUGAGGCCAAAGAGGAAGAUGAACGCCUAUGCCUGCUUCCUUCGAACCUGCCGGGAGGAGCUGCAGAAGAGCCGCCGGGGCACCGAGGUAAACUUCGUGGAAUUCUCCAAGCACUGUGCCCGACGAUGGAAGGCGAUGUCCCCCCGGGAGAAGGCCCGCUUCCAGGCCCUGGCCCGGGCAGACGGACGCCGCUUUGCCCGCGAGAUGAGGAGCUACGACCCUUCGAUGGAAACCAAGGCUCCUAAGAAGCCGAUGUCAUCUUUCCUUCUGUUUUGCCAAGAGUACCGCCCCCAGCUCCGGGCCGACCACCCCAACCUGUCACCGAUGCAAGAGUCCCGUCGCCUCGGAGCCAUCUGGCGCGGGCUCAGCAAGAAGGAAUACCAGCGCUUUGUGGACUUGGCAGCUAGGCUGCGAGAGAAGUACCACAAGGAUGUGGAGAAAUACAAGAAGAGAGCCCAGAAGAUCGCCUAUGCCAGGUCCCUGGGCAGGGAGAGAGUGGCCGGGAAGCAGCGCCGAGAGGAGGAGGUGGAGGAGGAAGACUCCGAUUACGAGGAAAGCAUGGAUGACUAG